AUGCCAGGUCCGGGUGCAUUGCUUAUACGUGUCCCAGGGAGUUGUUGGUCCCACACCAGCACUCCUUUCAGUAUCGGCUCCAGGGCUAAACCUUUUCUCGGGCCUUCCGCCCGCAUCCUACUUGGCAAUAUUGCUUUUUUCAAUUUCUCUCCUGAUUCCAGACACUGUAAAUUUCUUUAUGCCCAAUCCGAUUCCGGCACCGCCGACCUGCUUGCUUGCUACAGUGCUUUCUGGUUUAAGUUAGCCAGUGUUACCUGGCUCAAUUUAGGCGCAACUGUAUGGCCAUCUGCCAUUUCUGUUAUAGUGUUUGAAACCCUGCAACUUCGUGUCUUUCGUACGAAUCCAGCGCCUUAG